UUUAUAAGAAAUCAAGCCAUUCUCCAAUUGACAAAUACUCAAAGGAUAUGAACAGACAAUUCUCAGAUGAAGAAAAUGAAACUAUUUCUAGGAUAUGAAAAGAUGCUCCAAGUCAUUAUUAAUCAGAGAAAUGCAAAGCAAGACAACACCUGUCAGAUUGGCUAGAAUGAAAGGGAAAGAUAAUGUGGAAUGUUGGAGGGGAUAUGGGAAAACAGGGACACUGACACAUUGUUGGUGGAAUUGUGAACACAUCCAGCCAUUCUGGAGAGCAAUUUGGAACUAUGCUCAAAAAGUUAUCAAACUGUGCAUACUCUUUGAUCCAGCAGUGUUUCUACUGGGCUUAUACUCUAAAGAAAUACUAAAGAAGGGAAAGUGACCUGUAUGUGCCAAAAUGUUUGUGGCAGCCCUGUUUGUAGUGGCUAGAAGCUGGAAAAUGAAUGGAUGCCCAUCAAUUGGAGAAGGGUUGAAUAAAUUGUGAUAUAUGAAUAUCAUGGAAUAUUAUUGUUCAGUAAAAAAAUGACCAGCAGAAUGAUUUCAGAAAGGCCUGGAGAGACUUACAUGAACUAAUGCUGAGUGAAAUAAGCAGGACCACGAGAUCAUUAUAUACUUCAAUAACAAUACUAUAUGAUGAUCAAUUCUGAUGGACAUGGCCAUCUCCAGCAAUGAGAUGAACCAAAUCAGUUCCAAUAGAGCAGUAAUGAACUGAACCAGCUACACCCAGCAAAAGAACUCUGCGAGAUGACUAUGAACCACUACAUGGAAUUCCCAAUGCCUAUAUUUUUGUCCGCCUGCAUUUUUGAUUUCCUUCACAGGCUAAUUGUACACUAUUUCAAAGUCCAAUUCUUUUUGUACAGCAAAAUAACUGUUAGGACAUGUAUACUUGUAUUGUAUAUAAUUUAUGCUAUAACAUAUUUAACAUGUAUUAGUCAAUGUGCCAUUUGGGGGAGGGGUAGGGGAAAGGAGGGGAAAAAUUGGAACAAAAGGUUUGUCAAUUGUCAAUGCUGAAAAAUUACCCAUGCAUAUAACUUGUAAAUAAAAGCUAUGAUAAAAAAAAAAAAAAAAAAAAAAAAAAAAAAAAAAACCUAACUAAAGGUUCCUUAUUUGGAUAAGGAAUUGAGAGAUAUAAGUUAAAUUUUAACCAUCUUAUUUACAAUAAUCAAUAUAAGCAGAGACUCAUGAUGGAAAGAGCUCAGUAGUUUGUAAAGCAGGAAUAACCAUGAGGUCUGACAAGUGGAUUUCAGCUCUUUGGCUGCUGCAGCUGUCUUGCUUUAGCUGUGCGUUUUGUGGGAAGGUCCUGGUAUGGCCAAUGGAGUAUAGUCACUGGAUCAAUCUAAAGACCAUCUUGGAUCAGCUCCUAGAGAGGGGCCAUGAGGUGACUGUGCUGACACCCUCAACUACUAUUCUUGUUGAUCCCAGUAAUUCAUCCAGGCUCCAUGCUGAGGUUUUCUCUGUGAGGACUAAACAAGAGGAUUUGGUGAAAUUUUUUGAAAACUUUAUCACACUUUGGAGUAAUGAAUGGCGAAAACUUUCACUACUGGAGUAUGGUGCAGCCAUGCAAGACAUGGCAUUCCAGUAUUCAAGACUGAUGAAACACCAGUGUGAGAGCGCUGUCCUGAACAAAGACCUUAUGAAGAAAUUGAAGAAAGGCAGAUAUGAAGUGGUUAUUUCUGACGCUGUUUGUCUUUGUGCCGAGCUCAUAGCAGAGAUACUUGGAAUACCCUUUAUCUAUAGUUUACGCUUCAGCAUGGGCAAUUACUAUGAAAAAUACUGUGGAGGACUCCCAUCCCCUCCUUCCUAUGUGCCUGUCCCCAUGACAAUAUUGACUGACAAGAUGACCUUUAUGGAGAGGGUGAAAAAUAUGCUUUUCUACAUUUACUUUGACUUUUGGUUCCAGUAUUUUCGUGUGAAAGAGUGGAACCAGUUUUACAGUGAGGUGCUAGGAAGACCCACCACAUUAUGUGAAACUAUGGGAAAAGCUGAAAUGUGGCUGAUUCGAACAUACUGGGAUUUUGAAUUUCCUCGCCCAUACUUGCCAAAUUUUGAGUUUGUCGGAGGACUCCACUGCAAACCUGCCAAGCCUCUUCCUGAAGAUAUGGAAAAAUUCGUCCAGAGCUCUGGGGAACAUGGUAUUGUGGUAUUUUCUCUUGGGUCAAUGGUCAAAAACCUAACUGAUGAAAAGAGUAACCUGAUAGCUGCAGCUCUUGCCCAGAUUCCACAGAAGGUUCUAUGGAGAUACAAAGGAAAGAAGCCAGACACAUUAGGUCCAAAUACCAAAACCUUUGACUGGAUUCCCCAGAAUGAUCUUCUUGGUCACCCCAAAACCAAGGCUUUUAUCACUCAUGGUGGAACCAAUGGAAUCUAUGAAGCUAUCUAUCAUGGAAUUCCCAUGAUAGGUGUACCCAUGUUUGCAGAUCAGCCUGAUAACAUUGCUCACAUGAAGGCCAAGGGAGCAGCUGUUGAGGUGGACUUUAACUCAAUGACAACUGAAGACAUGGUUAAUGCUUUAAAGACAGUCAUCAAUAACCCCUCAUACAAAGAGAAUGCUAUGAGAUUAUCAAGAAUUCACCAUGAUCAACCCGUGAAACCCCUAGACCGAGCUGUAUUCUGGAUAGAGUUUGUGAUGCGUCACAAAGGUGCUAAGCACCUUAGACCUGCUGCCCAUGACCUUACCUGGUAUCAGUACCACUCCUUGGAUGUGAUUGGCUUCCUACUUGCCUGUGUAGCAACUGUUGUCUUUAUAGUCACCAAAUCCUGCUUAUUUUGCUGCCGGAAGUUGGGUAAAACAGGAAAAAAACAAAAGAGGGCAUAAUUUCCUCUAAUACCUAAGGUUGAGGAUGGGGGAUUGAGAUGAAAAAAGGAGCUUUAGUAUGAUUUAGUCUAGCUGCUAUGAGAUUUGAACAAACUCCUCCUUUUUCUAAUUCAACAAUAUUUAUAUAACUAUUAUAAUUUCCAAAGCAUUGUACAUAAGCCCUGAAGGAGAUUCAAAGACAAAUAAGAUAGUUCUUAUCCUUGCUGAGUUUACAACCAAUUUAGAAAGAUAAAACAUGUACACAAAUAAUCAGAGUAGUAAUUAUAUGAGAAGAAAUGUACCAAAAGAAGCACUUUUAAGAGUUGUUUCCUUUUUAUUCUUUAGUCUUUGUUACUAAAGAUUUUCCCAGAAGAUUAUAAAAACUACAGUAUAAAAGUCAUUGAAAAUAACAUGGAGAUAGAACAAACAAAAAAAAAAAAUUCAAAUGGAAUUAUUCCUCAAUCUUUUUAUUUGGUUUUGAUCAUCUGAUUUCUUUCUUUUGAUUUCCUAUCUUUCCUUUCUACAUCCACAAUUGUUAUUUUCACAAUGAAAAUAAAAUUUCCAAGAGUCAUUCAAGCACCCUUUAAUCCUGAUCUAUGAGUGCAACUUGUCCCAAAUGGUGGGUGACCAUAGCUUGAUGCUCUAGGACUGAUAAGUCAGUCUACCUGAGCUCGACUACCAACUUUUCUGAGUGACCAUGAAGUUCCAUGGUCUCUGGGAUUCAGUUUCCUCAUUUGUUCAUACUCACUUUCUAAUAACCAAAUUGCAAUUCACAUGUGCCUUAAGCAUCUUUGAACUGAACUUUACUGCUAUAACCCUUUGAUUCAGCAUUUCCCUGUUCAGAGCUCAUUGUUAUCUUCUUUCCAAAGGGGCAGUGGAAUUUUUCAUUUGUUAUGGCAGGAAAUAUGUUUUGUAUCAACUAUCUGAAAAGAAGGCAUAUUCCCAUUUAGCCACCCUACAAAUUUUUUUUUGAAAAGUGAGGAACUUGUUAUAAACUCCCAAGUAUAGUUGACUGGAAAAUAAGCAUGAUUCUACCUAACUAUAAAAUGUUUGAGCUUAUUCUGACCUUCCCUGUUUUCUCCUCCUGUUCUUUUUUUUUUUUCUUACUUCCAUCUUCCUGAUAGCACAAGAUCUUGGAACAUUGAAUACUUCAAAGUAUUCACUCAAUCAUCAGAUUACUACCAAAAUCAUUAGAAUAAAAAACUGAAAUUCACUGAAGAAAAAAACUUACUUAAUUGGGAUUUCCAAGGCCCUGCAUUGCUUGAGAAUAAAACAGAAAUAAAUGGUUCUGGGCUUCAAAAAGAAUCUCAAAUUUCUCACUUUUUAGAGAGCAUCCAUUCAAAAUCAUUACCAAAUAUUUCUAAGCUCACAGGAAAUUGUUAGAAAAAUAGUGAUCAUAGUACCUAUUAAAAAAAGAAUUGCUAAAAGAUUUCUUCCACAUUUUAUCUUAACUAGUAAUACCUAAAUUCAGAACAGAGUAAAAUUACUCCUAUGGCUUGUAAAAGCAAGAAUUAAACAGAAUGCUUUUCUUUUCUCAGGGAGAGAGAUUACCUCCAAUAUGCGAAUGAGAAAAGUGUGGAUAUCUUAGAGUAAAGGAAACUAUAAGGAAUACAGGAGUAAAAGUUAUUGUUCACUAGUAGUACAAACAAAAUAGUAACAAAAUAAAAAUCUUGUGAGUACUAUGAAUUUUUAUUUUAAAAAGUCAUUUGAAAAAAAUCAUUUGUAUUGAUCAAUUCUUAGAUUAUAAUCAAAAUAAUAUAUCCCUGUGGAAAAGCAUUGGAUUUAAUUCUUUAGAAAUUGAGCCCUUAAUAUCUCAUCUAGACUGCUAGAGUGUAGUGUUCUAUAAAUCCUGUCUCUUCAAAAUAAAGGAGUUUGUUAACAUUCUAGUUUAAUCUUUUGAUAGUGUUUGUAGCUAAGUUCAAUCUUUUAAAUUUUCUUUUAAUUUUGAAAAAGUUAAAGAUGAACAUGAUCCAAAGCAUUUCAGCUUACUGUGGAUUUCUAAACAUCAUUCAGACCAUAUCUAAUUAGGGAUCAAGUACACUAUUUGUUUGACUCUAAGCUUUCUACUUAUGGACAGAUAUUUACAUAAUGCUUCUUAAAUUGUCUAUCAUUGUGUGAAUUGUGUUAAGCAUUAGAUACUUGGAAUAAAGUAUAUAUAUUGCUGCUCAAAUUUUUACCAUUGUAAUAUCUAUGUCUAACUUAGUAGGAGUUAAUGGCUACACAUGAUACAUUUUCAAAGGGCAAGUGCCCUCUACUGGUCUAGUUAAAAACUGUAAAUUCCUACAUAACUCUCAAGUUCAUUUUUCAAAUUCAUAUGAUUGACUGUGGAAUUACUAAUGUUACUUCUUGAACUUGAUUGAAAAUAUCAAUAUAUGACUGCAAACUCUUUGUAUGCUGAUUUUAGGUUAAAUUCAUUUUCCAAAGAUUUCUAAAUAAAAAAUUGUUAUGGUGUA